AAUAUAAGCAAGAAAUUAUAAAUGAGUUGAAAUCACUAAAAUUUUUAACUCUACUUUUAUAUAAAUUUCAAUGCAAACAUUAAGACAUUAUGAGGCUAUGGCUGAAGAAGUUAGAAAAAUCAUGUUAUCAGGAAAACCAAUUCCACCAGAUUAUUAAGAAGUAAUUGAAGAGUUCUUACCAACAGAAGAUAAAUACCCAUCAAGAAGAGUCAUUACUUUAUAUGAAUAUCCAGACAGCAAUCCAGCAUUAUUUUUAGAGAAUAAAAGAGGAUUUCGAUUACAAUUCAUGUUUUUAUUCCUAUCAAAUGAGUUAGCUGCUUAGUAUAACUAUUUAAUAUUUUAAUAGAUUUUAUGAAGAUGUUAUGAACAAUGGUCCACUUAAAUGGUAGAUUGCAAGGUUCUAUUUAGAGGUAGCAGAAAAUAUGGUCUUUAUUAAGACUAGAGGAUAAAGGGCUCAAAAUAUGUUAUAAAAAGUUCAGCAUGGAAUAUAAACUCAACCUUUGUGUGUAUUCCAUUAUAAUUUGAAAAUGAGAGUACUAUUGUUUAUUAUAUUUAAGACACUAUUACACAUUUUGGAAUAGGGAAAUUGGUGUAUAAGAGUAGUAUGGGGUCCUGCUGUUGAUGUUCCUUUGCAUGGAGGAGAUGAAGAAAAAGUUGAGAAUGUGAUUGCAAAAACAGAACCAAAAUUAGAAAUACAAAAAAAGGAAGAGAUGGAAUAAGAAAUUAUUAAGAAAGUUCAAAUUAAUGAAGAAGAGGUUAAAAGUAAGACAUCUUUAUUCAUUAAACCUAUUGAAUAUUAUAGUAGAUUAGCAUAGUAAACAGUGCAGAAAUUGAGAGAUUAAAAUCAAAAUAAGAAAGCAUGA